UUAGAAUUGCCGUGGUUGGAGUGGCACGAGGAGAAAAAAGUGUUUGGAUGAUAGACCGAGACCUCGAGGCAUAGCCGACGGCUCGACAUGCACGUCCGAUGCUCGUUCUCUUGCGUUUGCUCGCUCCGUAAUCGAGUGCGAAAUUAAUUAAACGCGACAAACGUACGCGCCGCUCCGAUACCAGGCCAUCGGAGGGAACGAAGCGGAGAGGAGGAAUCGAAGAGAAAAGGAGAGAAACGAUCUUGGCCGCAGCUGAAACAGAAGCGCGAGAAACGGAAGUGACGCGUUACCGUUACGAUAAAAUGGUAAUUGCAAUUAAUCGAUGAACCGUUGCUCGGUAACGUGUAGCUUCUCUUUCGAACGAUGAACGCUCGUAGCGCGCGAUAAAUCGCUCGAUUCGUCGGACGCGCAUCGUUUCUCCCUUUGCUCUCGCGAUCCAAUAAAAUCCACAAGAUGAACGACAUUAUGGCAGAGGCAUCCUCCUCGAUUUUGUCUGCCAAUCCCGGCAAUUCCAACAGCUCGUUGGCAACUGGCAAUAACGCUGCCAACGUUGCUAACGGUAUCAACAAUGGUAACAACAAUGGCGGCAGCAACGCGAACAACAAUGGAAAAACGUCGGCUGUCGCGGCUACGGCUACGGCGAACGGAGGAGGAGAGAGAAUCAGCGCGGCGGUCACCAAAGUUCUUCGGGGGUACGAUUGGACCCUGGAUCCUGUUGUUACCAAGGGUUCCGGCGACAAAAGACCGGCCCACGUGAAGAGACCGAUGAACGCGUUUAUGGUAUGGGCUCAGGCUGCAAGGAGAAUACUUGCCGAUCAGUAUCCUCAGCGUCACAAUGCGGAGCUGUCCAAGACCCUGGGGAAGCUUUGGCGAUUGCUGUCGGACAACGACAAGAAACCGUUCAUCGAGGAGGCGGACCGUCUUCGCGUGAUCCACAAACGCGAGCAUCCGGACUACAAGUAUCAACCUCGUCGACGAAAGCAAAACGGACCGUCGGGCAGGGAAGGGUCGCCGUCGAGGAACCAAAGCAACAACGUGACUUUCAACGUGUCCAGAUCGCUGAAGCAAGAGGACGCGAGUCCCAGAGGCGUUCAGGGACCGAAUUCGCCACAGAGCGGAACGAGUUCGUCUCCUCCGACUACUCCUAACCAAGGCUUGUCGCCUCCGACUCCUCCCACUACUCCCCGAGGGCAACAUUACGCGAAUCAGGAAAAAUUUGGUUCGCAGGGAAAUCAGCCGCAGCCGAAUAGCACGGUGUAUCAGCAAGAUUUGGCGAUCGGUUCGUCGAGCGAGUCGCAUCAGCUGCAACCCGGAGCCGAUUUCAGGUACAUCGAAGUCGGGGAUAGCUUGCCGAUCGAGGAAGGUCAAUUGAACGGCCUCGGAUCAUUGGCAGGCGUCGGUCUUAAUCUACCGUUGAAUCUGCAAGAGUGCGAAGUGGAGAGCAACGAGCUGGAUCAGUAUCUUCGGCCACAGGUGCCACCGGUACACGUAGCCGCACCGACAACCACCUCGCCGCAGUGGAUAUUCAACAGAUACGACGAAGAGGUGGAACGACCGAACAAGCGACACUGCUCGGAACAGCCGAUCGCCGAGACGUCCUGGGAGGAUAGACCGCAGACGGACAUAAUCAGAUAUCACGAGCUUCAACCACCCCUUCCACCCAUGCAAUACAUAUCCUCUUCCCAUAAUCCGCACUAUUCGCACGCGACCACGCAGAUGAACCACCCCCACGUGUCUACGUCGUACGCGCAGUACCAACGUUACGUACCUGGUAUCGAAACCUGGCCGCAUUACAUGUAAAGGAACCAAGAGAAAA